GCCUGGAAGCAGAGCUCCAGUCGUAGCCCGUGAUGGUGGGAGCCAUUCCCCGGCAGCCGCGCCGCUUCUGGGGAGUGCCGAGGUGGCUGGUCUCGCCCGUUAGCUCAACCAGUAGUCGCCUGCUGCUGGGCCCGGGGAGCAGGAAGGCCAGGCAAGGGAAUUGGUUGCAGAGGGAUGUGGCCGCACGACAGGCUUCGUAGCAGGGGGCUCAUCUGGACUGCCUAAUCCCACGGCACUUUAGCGCCUGCCCUCUCUGCCACGCCCCAUGCGGCAUAUCAAUGCGGAGGCCGGCCUCCCCCAGGAGUGCAGUGCGGGCACGAGCCAGGACGAAGAGGAGGAGGAGGAAGGCCCCCGCCCCUGGCGUCGGCACCAUGGGGUCCUGCUGGGCUGCAGCCCCCCGGAGCUGACGUGCCAGAAGGUCUACCAGGUCUCCAUCUUCUCCCAGCUGGCCGGCUGCUCCCACCCGCCAGAGCAGAGGGCCCCCGGCAGGCAGCCCAUCAAGCGGGCCCGCCCAGAACCCCAGAGGGUGCCCGCGGGCGAGUGGGAUGCCAAAAGAGGCCGCUGGGAGGGGGACGAUGCCAUCGAGGACGGCCUGGUGGUGGACGAGCUGUCCUUGGGGGGUGCGGCACAGCACUUCUCCCACAGCGGACUCCGGGUGGUGGAGCAUUGCCGGGAAGGGAGCCCCAGCCGCGCCCGGGUGAAAGGGGGCCUUGCCCAGGCGCUGCCCCCCCUGCCACCCCCGCACAGACUUUGCAGCACUUUGCACACGACGGACUGCGCCCCGGCCUCGCCAGGGGAUCGCCCCACGGCCUCCGGCUCCCCCGGGAGGCAGGAAGAGAAUGGGGCCCAGCAGGCUGAGAGGGCCGGCAGCCCGAAUUUCCUACUUGAUCCUGAUUUGCACACGCUUGCACAUCACUCCCUGCCGGGCGAAGGCCUGGUGGCUGGUGGGCACACAGAGCCUGGCACUCCCCCGGCAGCCCAAGGCUCUGAGGCCAGCGGGCCAGGCUCCUCCGAGAAGACGCCGUGCUCCAGCGCCUGGCUUUCCGGAGGCAGCGCCGGCGGCUGUCCGGCCAAGCGGAAGCUUCUGCCCUCUGCGGAGGGGACGGCCGACACCGGCUCAGAGGAUGAGGGCCUGUCGUUGGCACGGAAGAAGAGGGCCCAGCGGUGCCCAGCGGUGCCCGCCUCCUGCCGCAGCACUGACUCCAAGGGCGCCCCCUUCUGGAACCACUUGCUUCCUGCAGCCAAGGGCUCCACAAACAGUGCUGCCGUGGGCCGUCAGCUGAAGACCGGCUUGCGUCUCAAACAGCGACCCCUCCGCAGCAGUUUCUGCAGGAGUCCGGUGGGCAGCAGGUCCCCCCCUGUGCCGUGGGCCACAACCUCCACCAGCCGGGCCUUGCUGGGGAACUUUGAGGAGUCCAUGCUGAAGGGGCGCUUCCUGCCAUCGGGGCGGAUCGAAGGCUUCACUGCAGAGAUCGGGGCCAGCGGCUCCUACUGCCCGCAGCACGCCACCCUUCCCGUCGAUGUCACCUAUUUUGACAUCCUGGAGCACAGCGCACCCUCGCCCUUCCUGGGAGUCAUUGAUUUGGAUGCCUUGGGAAAGAAGGGUUACAGCAUCCCCAAGAUGGGCACCAUCCAAGUGACCUUAUUCAAUCCCAACAAGACAGUGGUGAAGAUGUUCCUCGUCACCUAUGACUUCCGUGACAUGCCUGCCAACCACGUCACCUUCCUGCGCCAUCGCAUAUUCCUGGUGCCUGUGGGGGAGGAGCAGGGAUCUGGCCCAGCCCUUGGCGGGCUGCCCAAGAGAGUGCUUUGCUACCUGAUGCACCUGAGGUUCCACAGCUCCAAGUCUGGGAAGAUCUACCUGCACGACGACAUCCGCCUGCUGUUCUCACGCAAGUCAAUUGAGAUCGAUUCGGGGAUCCCCUAUGAACUGAAGUCCUUCACGGAGCUGCCGCGCAACCCCUGCUACUCUCCACGUACCUGAGUGGGGAAGAGUGG